UCCCGGCACAUUUACUCUCCUCUGAUGCCGACUGGAUGCAGACCGGGGGAUUUCCAGCGGCUUCCUGAGACUGUCCUCCCUUUCCUCUCCUCGCCUCUCCUCUCUGGACUCCCUCACCCCUCUUCCUCUUCCUCCUCCUCUUCCUCCAACAUCCAGAGCUUCUCCUUCUCUGCUCCUCACCACCAGGAUGUGGCACUCGGUGACUCUGCUCCUCUCUGGAUUCUCCGCUUUGAUCCACGUUUCAUUGCAGGGUCCACAUCAGAGGAACCUGCUGAAGAACCUCUUAAAGGAUUACAACAGGAUGGAGCGGCCGGUGGGCAACGACUCCCACCCCCUCACAGUCGUCUUUUCCCUAAGUUUAAUACAGAUCAUGGAUGUGGAUGAGAAGAAUCAGGUGUUGACCUCUAACAUGUGGCUGCAAAUGAGCUGGUUCGACCAUUACCUCCAGUGGAAUCAGAGCGAACAUCCAGGGGUGAAAAACCUCCGCUUCACCACAGACCAAGUGUGGACACCAGACAUCCUGCUCUACAACAGUGCAGAUGAUGACUUUGACUCCACCUUUAAAACCAAUGUUCUGGUGAACUCCAGCGGCUAUGCAAAGUACCUGCCUCCAGGAAUCUUCAUGAGCACAUGCAAUGUGGACGUUCGCUGGUUCCCUUUUGACAUCCAGCAGUGUGAGCUGAAGUUUGGUUCGUGGACGUACGAUGGCUGGCUGCUGGACCUGCAGAUGAACGACGCAGACAUCUCCGGAUACAUGCCCAACGGAGAGUGGGACCUAAUAGGAGUCCCCGGCACCAGGAAUGAGGUCUAUUAUGAUUGCUGCAAGGAGCCCUACCCGGACGUGACAUUUGUUGUGACAAUAAGGCGGCGGACUCUGUACUACGCUCUGAACCUGCUCAUCCCCUGUGUGCUGCUGUCCUCCAUGACCCUGCUCAUCUUUGUGUUACCGGCUGACUCCGGAGAGAAGAUCUCGCUGGGUAUCACCGUCCUGCUGUCUCUUACGGUUUUCAUGUUGCUGGUCGCAGAGAUCAUGCCCGCCACAUCUGACUCCGUCCCGCUUAUAGGUCAGUACUUUGCCAGUAUAAUGAUCAUCGUUGGGAUGUCGGUCAUCGCCACAGUGGUUGUUCUGCAGUAUCAUCACCACGAUCCAAACGGAGGGAACAUGCCCAAAUGGGUGCAGCUCGUCUUGCUGCAGUGGGUGGCGUGGUUUCUGCGGAUGAAGCGUCCCGGAGAAAACGACGACCCCGAGCGGCCCCCGUGCGCCCCCCAUCUGAGGCGCUGCUCCUCUGGCUCCCAGAGCGGCAGCAUCCCCAACCCUCCAGACCCCACCCUCCACCCCCUGCACCCACAGAACCUGGCUCCUCUACAAACCGGGCCCCUUCACGCCGGACACCCGCACCUCCACGCACAAACCAGCGCCAACAACAACGGGAACCUUCUAUAUAUGGGCUUCCAGAGCCUGGACGAGCCUUCUUUGCUCUCAGAGUCCGUCCAGAGGAGUAAUAAUAUCACAACGGGACCUCCGCGAGUGGCAGGAAGCCCACCCCCACACCUGCCGUCUCAGUUCUGCAGCUCCCCUCCACCUCCGACCCCCAAUAUAGACACUGUAGGCUGCCCGAGCACUGUCUCCAGCGGAGGGGGCUUCGGAAGUGGACCCGGAGGGAUUGGAGGGUGCUCAUCUGGAGGAGACCCCCAGCUGCAGGCUAUCCUGGAAGAGGUGCGUUACAUGGCAGACCGUUUCCGGGAGCAGGACGAGUCAGAAAGCAUGGCCGACCAGUGGAAAUUUGCAGGAGCUGUGAUUGACCGUUUGUGUUUGGUGGCGUUUAGCGUCUUUAACAUCAUAUGCACCAUUUCUAUCCUAAUGUCUGCUCCUAACUUUGUGGAGGCUAUUUCCAAGGACUUCGUUUGAAAGCUACGAGGAAAAAAAAAAAAAAAAGAGGAGAAGAAGCGUGAAGGAAAGCAUGAGGGGAAUUACACAUGGGAUGAAGGAUGAAGUGGGCCCGGAUCCAAGGAAACACAAUUUCCUGUGGACUGUAAGCCCUCUGAUUUGAGAUUGCAAGGAACUGGGAAAAAAAAAAACAAAUGGUUUUCUUUGCAAUACAUCGUGUUUUGUAAGUGAAAUAUUAGUAGAAAACAGAUGAGAGAGGGGAUCGAGGGCGACGUGAAAUGAGAUUAGACUCAGCAAGGUGCUUUAUCAGAUUAUUGUCAAGGUGAAUUUGUGGUUAAUUCAAAGACCUUCCCCAAAGAUUAAAGCUGAGAUUAGUGAGUAGGGGGUCAGAAAGAGAAGAUACCGGUCCAGUGCAAACCUCAGAUAAUAAAGCUCUUAAAGCAAGAGAGAGAUUGAGAGAGUAAAAGGGGAAAGGAGACGGCAGAGAGGUAGGAGCAGAUAAAUAAGACAGACAUGCUGCUGUUUUAUUUUCUAGAGGAGGAAAAGCAGCCCUUCACUCCCACAUGUUGAGAGAAGACUGCAUCGUUUACAUUGAGGGGUGGAGAGUGGGGAAAGACUUUUACAAGGACAGGCAACAAAGAGCUGUCGUAAAUGAACGAGCCUUCAUCCCGUGUGACAGUAGCAGAGUUUGGCGGAGUAACGUUAACGGAUCCCGAGGUUUACAAAGUGGACCAUAGAUCAAGAAAACCGCAGCAGAGAGGAACAGAAGAGGAUCUCAUCUAUUAUUCAAUCACGUCCAUCUAAUGACCGUUAAAUUGAAAGAACUCGGAUAAUCUUUAAGACUAAUAAGCUUUUAAAAGAUGAAGUCUCCACCGUACUCGCAAACUACUUAAAUUUCCAAGGCCUUAUCUCUGAGACGAUUGCCAAUCCGCCACAAUCAGCAGAGAUCAAAAGCCCCUUCGGAGUGGGCACAGUGUGUGGUACUUAUCACAGCCCCCGGGAACUGAAUUAACCGGUCAUCAACAGCGUAAUGGCCAGUAGCAGUGGAGGUCCGAACCCAGUAAUAAUGAAAGAGAUACCUGACUGUAUCUGGCAUGUCCUAAUAGGCCGACAGAUCACAUCGGAUUUCAUAUUUCACAACUCGUUUCACCACUCAGAUAGCGGGUCAGCUGUUGGAACGAACACGAGAGGUGCAGAGAGGGGAAAGAUCAAUUAAAACUCCUUAGAUUUAUAUAGAGAAUCAAAAUUAGAUCAAAUUUAUAUCAGCUCCCUUCAGGAGUUUGCAGCUUCAUGAAUAAUUUCACAUCUAUCUAUAAAGAGAGAUGAGAUUUUAAUGGGAUUCCAGCUGAUAAAAUGAUGGCAUCCAGAGAUCAUGUAUGGCACAGGGCAACUAUUUAUUAGCUCCUAAUAAUACUUUAAUUAAGGCUUAAAUUAGUUUGGCUUUUUACUCCACAACAGUGCAAAUGCCUUUUUUUUGUGUCUCUUCUUGCAGUUUCAGUUUAAGCUCAAUUAAAGGUACAGUUUGUAACCACGGUAGGAAAUUUAUAUUUAUAAACCUAAACUCUAUAAUCCAAGCUCUUUAAAUCCUGAGUGGGUUGUAAUUUACCUUAAAAAAUGAUACCUUCACUGGCUUUCCUGCUUGCCUAGGUUCAUUAUAACAGCUUACAGAUUCAUUUCUGUAGAACCACCCAGUAGUUGAAGAAUUGUCAAGGUCACCCUCAAAUAUUCCUAUGAAAAAAAUAACAGGUGUUUUUACACUAAAAAAGAAAGAAAGACCAAAUGUCUGAAUAUCUAAUAGAAUGUGACACUUAUACAAGCCAAAUGUGAUAAAACACAAAUACAAUUCAACACCAAAUGUUU